AUGGCCACUAACCUGCACGACCACGCUUACUACGGUACACUUACGGAGGACUUCCUCCAGCAGUAUCUUGGUAGCGCGAAUCCGUCUCCGAUCAACUCCAUCGGCGGAGAGAAGAAACUCACGCCAUUGGCAGCAGCCUGUGUACACGGGCACCUCGAGGUCGUCCGUCUUCUUUUGAAGAAUGGCGCAAACUCGAACGCUGUGUCUACGAGAGAGCGUCCACCGCUCUUCUACGUGACAUCGCGCACGACGAAGAACAGGCUCGAGAUCGCUCGGGCCCUUUUGGACGCGGGGGCGGAUGUCGACAAACGCUUCCCGAAGGACGACAAUGCGACGGCUCUCAUGAAUGCCCUCACCGAAGUGCGCGACAAGGAAUUGGUCCACGAGCUCAUCGACAGCGGCGCUUCGCUCGAUACGGAGAACGCGAGCGGACAGUCGGUAAGGGAGCUUGCGAAGGACGUCGGCAUGGAGCAGGAGGUGCUGAGCAAGGCUGAACGUAACGCGAAACACGGCGCUAUCAUCGCUCUCCUUGUCGCGCUGGUCAUAUUCGUGAUAGCAUAUGUGAACAGCGGGCUCAUCAAGGAUGUCGCAGUCGGCACGAUUAGCAAGUUGUACCAAAUUUCUGAGCGUCCUUGGCAGCAAAGCCACGGAGAAAUUCACAAGACGUUUGGACAACAGCCCCAGUUCUGUAGUGUACAGGCCACAGGUACCGAGGAUGCACAGGCUUCUGAGGCCAAGGUAGUAUCCGGUCCUGAGCAAAUACGUGUCACGACUCGAACCUCAGCACCGCGACUAAGCCUGCCGUCGACACGGUAUGCUGAGUAUUGUAUGGUGGAGACCCCAAAGCUAGAGACGAAACCAGCGGCGCUCGGAAAUAUAACGAAUCAAUCGCAGCCGGUCCAACGCGAUCCCAAACCUGCGCAGAACCAGUCCAAACCUGCUCAGUCAGAACCUACGGAGCCACUUCAACCAAAGCCAGAGACGGAGCCUGAACUUAUUUCCGCCGCAGAUUUCUCGGCCAGUCUUGGGAAAUACGUCCAGGAGACAGGUCUCGAGAAGUUCUUUGCUCCGAAUGACCCUUUCAUUCAAAACUUAGCAACGAACGCGGCUGCCCUCCGCCAGGACCACACCACGCCGCUGAGUAAACCCGAAAAUAUCAAGCGUCUGGUCACACUGUCCCUGUACCAUCCGGUCAUUUUUUGCGAUGACAGCGGCUCCAUGAGCCUCGACAAUCGCUUCUCGAAACAACGGGCUCUCGUUGCUCGCAUGGCGAGAAUCGCUACGAAGAUCGUACCAGACGAUCGCGGCGUGGACCUCCGCUUCAUCAAUGCGAGGGUGACGGAGCGGAAUCUGUCCAUGGACGCGUUGGACAAGAUCCUGAUGAAGACGCAGCCCCGCGGUGGGACCAGGAUAGGCAGUACACUUCGUCGCGACAUUCUCAUUCCCUUUGUAUACAGCAAGAUCGACUCCCGCUCGUCGUUCCAGCGGCCGCUCCUUGUGUGCGCGAUCACAGAUGGAGACCCGAGUAGCGAGCCCGUCACCGCGUUCAAGGACGCAAUUGUGGAAUGCAGGAGGAAGCUCGUUGCCGCCGACUACGAGCCGACCUCCGUGAUGUUCUGCAUCAGCCAGAUCGGAGCUGACCCGAAGGCCGCCGCGUUCCUCGCGGGCUUGCGAGAUGACGACGAAAUCCGGGACGUCUUGUACUGCACGGCCGAUCGAUUGGACGGCGCGUUCGAUGAAAUGAAAGCAAACGAAGCGAGACUGGAGGAAUGGCUUUUGAAGCUGUUAACGAAGCCGAUCAUGGAGAGGUACGAGGAAUAA